GACUACGCAUGAGCUGCACUUGCUCACAAGAAAGUUACAUAGGUUAUUAAUGGUUCUUUGUUUAAAAACUCGAUCGUGGUUCGCAUUCCUCAUGCUUCCACUUCGCUCCCGGAAUCUAGUUUCAAACUCCACUGUUUAAUCAAUAGUAUGACGAUUUCGAACCUAGAAAACAGUGAUGUCCUGGAUACCAGUUUGGCCAGAUCGUUUUAUACGAAGUAUGAGAUUGAAAAUGUUCUUGGCUCUGGCGCAAGCAGCACCGUUCGGAGAUGCGUGGAGAAAAAGACCCAAAUGGAGUUCGCUGUCAAAAUUAUCGAUUUGAAUAGCGGCGUCGAUUCUCCCGAUGUCAUCCGUUCUGAAUGUAUGCGAGAGGUCUCCAUUCUCCGCUGUGUUGCCGGUCAUCCCAACAUCAUCGAGCUUCACGAUGUUUUCGAAGGUGACGCUUACAUAUUUCUUGUAUUUGAACUGUGUCAGGGUGGUGAGCUGUUCGAUCACCUCACUCGAUGUGUGACAGUGUCGGAAAAGCGAACAAGAACGUUUAUGCACCAACUCCUCGACGCUGUGGCAUUUAUUCACAAGAAUGAAAUUGUGCAUCGAGACUUAAAACCUGAAAAUAUCCUUCUUGAUGCCAAUCUAAAUAUUAAGCUUUCGGAUUUUGGCUUGGCUGUUAUGGCAAGUGAUGAAGCCGAAUUGAAAGAAACGCGUGGAACGCCAGGUUAUCUGGCUCCCGAGGUGCUCAAAGUGGGUUAUUACGAUGACCAACCGCCCUACGGUCAGCCGGUGGAUAUGUGGGCGUGUGGUGUAAUUAUGUACACACUGCUUGCUGGUUGCCCUCCAUUUUGGAACCGCAAAGAGCACCUUAUGCUGCGUCAAAUCAUGGAGGGUCGUUAUUCUUUCACAAGUCCUGAAUGGGAUGAUAUAAGUGAAACGGCUAAGGAUUUGGUCCGCCGGCUUUUGGUCGUGAACGCUGAGGAUCGCAUUAAAGCGUCAGAAGCUUUGAAACAUGAUUACUUUUCACAACCGAUCCCUACGGUCCCUCGCCCAUUUGGAGCGAAACGCAAGUUCCGGGUUGGCAUAAUGGCAGUGAACUUUAUUUACUGUUUGCGAGGUUUGCACACACGUGGCGCCUAUCUUCGCAUCAAGCAGCUCGCGGAAGACCCUUACGCGAACAGAAAACUACGCAAAAUUAUCGAUACAUUAUCAUACGACGUUUACAGUCAGUGGGUGAAAAAAGGAGAAGAUCAAAAUCGUGCCGCGUUGUUUGAAAAUGCGCCACGUCGGGAUCUAAUCGAGCCGCCAUGUGGCGACGAUGAGGAGGAGAAUGACGAAUUUCCGACGUACCACAUGGACAUGGUGGACUAUGGUGCUUUUGACUAUGACGAUGAAGAAGGCCUCAGGGAGCCUAUCACAGUGAAUUACUAGGUGGUGACUACACGACUUUUCAAGUACAUAGUAGUGCAGCACUAGUGAACUUGUUCGGCGGGAUCUAAACUAGCUUUCUUUACCCAUGCACGCUAUACACACCCUUCUCAGCAUUUCUGAAAUCGUUAUGAGACUUAAAGCGUGUUCUCACUAGCCUCUUUGAGGUAGCUAAAUUUGUCCUCACUGUGAUAAACUAUUGCACGAGAGAUAACCUGCGAACUUUCUACAUGGUUUAUGUUGUCCAUAAAUAUAGAUUUUCCAUAGUGCAGUCGCA